AUGUCAACUGUUGGAAAGACAAUCACUUGUAAGGCUGCUGUGUGUUGGGAGCCAAAGAAGGACUUGGUCAUUGAGACUAUUGAGGUCGACCCUCCAAAGGCUGGAGAGGUUAGAGUUAGAAUAUUGUCAUCGGGUGUCUGCCACACUGAUGCCUACACUAUGGGUGGAUUCGAUAGUGAAGGAGUGUUCCCAUGCAUUCUCGGUCACGAGGGUGGUGGCAUCGUCGAGUCGAUUGGUGAGGGCGUCACCACUGUUGCCCCAGGCGACCACGUCAUCCCUCUAUACAUCCCCGAGUGCAAGAAGUGCAAGUUCUGCACCAACAGCAAGACCAACCUGUGCUCGGUCAUCAGAGACACCCAGGGCAAGGGUCUCAUGCUGGACGGCACCUCUCGUUUCAGAUGCAACGGCAAGCCAAUCUACCACUACAUGGGCUGCAGCACCUUCAGUGAGUACACCGUCGUCGCUGAGAUCUCCCUUGCCAAGAUCAGAAAAGACGCUCCCUUGAACAAGGUCUGUCUCCUUGGAUGUGGUAUUACAACUGGAUAUGGAGCUGUUUUGAACACUGCCAAAGUUGAGGAGGGAUCUGUUGUUGCUGUCUUUGGACUGGGUGCUGUUGGACUAGGUGCUAUCCUCGGUGCUGUUGAGGCCAAGGCAAAGAGAAUCAUUGCCAUCGAUAUCAAUCCAGAGAAGUUCAAACAUGCAACUGAGUUUGGUGCCACUGAAUGUGUCAACCCAAAGGACUUUGGCGAGAGACCAAUUCAACAGGUGUUGGUCGAGAAGACUGAUGGUGGUGUCGACUACUCAUUCGAGUGCGUUGGUAAUGUCAACCUCAUGAAUGCCGCACUUGAGUGCUGCCACAAGGGAUGGGGUGUCAGCACCAUCAUCGGUGUUGCCCCUGCCGGAGCAACCAUCACCACCAGACCCUUCCAACUUGUAACUGGACGUGUCUGGAAGGGCUCCGCCUUUGGUGGUGUCAAGGGAAGAUCCCAACUUCCAGGAUAUGUUGAUAAGUACAUGGAGGGUAAGCUCAAGGUUGACGAGUUCAUCACCUUCAACUACCCAAUCGAAGAGAUCAAUGAGGCCUUCCAUGUCAUGCAUGAGGGCAAGAGUCUUCGUUCAAUUGUCAACUUCUCAGCACAGUAA